CCCGAGCCGCUUCCGCCGCGCGCGAUAGUACUGCCGAGCCGCCGCCGGUGCCGCUGCUGCCGCCAUGAUUCGUUUUGUCAAGUUUACCUGUGCGGUCAUCACAAGGGCUCUCUUCAUCCUCGUCUCGUUGAUAGGAGUCUGGAGGGUGACAUGGGUGAAGAAUGACAACACUUACUGGCUGCUCACGGUGCUCUUUCUGCCCCUUGCUGUGGAAAUGAUCAUCACGCUGAAGAGGCGAAAGGGAAAAGAUUAUAAAUGGUUUUCCCCAGUCAUCCUUCUGUUUCUCAUCAGUAUCAUUCCCUCCAUCUGGAUCUUGGAGCUGCAUCACCGGCACAACAAAUCCAGGAACACUCAGUGCAAAAAACUGGACUCUUGGGAGAAUGUGCUGAGGGUGAUCACCGCGAACACGACCACGGGAAACCUCACUGGCCAAAACCACGUGAAGGGUUUUGACCAGCUGUUGUCCACAGUCUGUCCCAAUGACUGGAUCCUUGCACUCCAUCAGAUCCUGCUCAUCCUCCUCAUUGUAGGGAAAUGGCUUCUCCCCCUAGGCGGCGGGGUCACGCGUGACGAGCUGUCACAACUCCUCCUUAUUUUUGUCGGCACGGCGGCAGACAUCCUGGAAUUCACCAGUGAGACUCUGUCAGAUGUCAAAGAAAAUAGCCCUCAGCUGGUCUACAUCAUCUUAGCUAUAUGGACUUGGAGUAUGUUACAGUUCCCCCUACAUCUGGCUGUGGUGAACUCCAAGCCAGCCGGUGAGGGCGAGGAAGGGAUCCAGAAGAUUUCCUUAUUGACCAAACACAGCACUGAUAUCUGGACCAUCGUCGAGGCCCUCUUCAUCCAGGACGGGCCCUUCCUGGUGGUUCGGCUCACGGUCAUGACCUACUUCAACGUCUUCCACCAGAUGCUGAUCUUCUUUGCCAUCAAGAACUUCCUGGUUGUCAUACUGAACUUGUACCGGCUGGCUGUUAUUUGCCAAGACUUCAGGCCUGCUAAUAGUAGCAUCGAGGAGGUCGCCGUUGUCCCAUGAGUACAUAGAAUAACCUGAGGAGGUGGUGGGGUUGAAGAGGAGAGUAGAGAGUUUAUUUACAUUAAGUCUUUUGUUACAGGAAAUAGGUUACAACAGCAGUAGAAACAGGAAGUGUUUUCUCACUCUUUUCUGCACCCAAUAAUGUAGUUUACGGAGUGAAAACAAACGUGUAAUCAGCUCACUGUGAGCUAACAACAUUAUUAGGGACGGUAAAACAGUGAGCAGCCAUUCUCUCAUGCCACCAGGGAGAUAAGUUCACAUUCCACCCUUACACACAGCGUAUAUCCUGCCGUUCAUGUUUUCCCUUGGUGCCACUUUCUCGUUGGUCUGUCUGGACUUCACAUAAAACUUGAUAGGUUGGAAAAUCAGAAGCCGGCGAGGGUUUCCACAGAGUUUGGUCAAACAAGAAAAGUACCACGCAAAUGUACUCAACCAUUAAAUAUGGAAAAGUGUGUUAUGUUACGUAUGUACUUCAACCCAUUCCCCCCCCUCCUUUUUCUCCCUAAUUGCACACAGCCAAUUACCCUGAUCUUCCGAGCUGUCCUGGUCGCUGCUCCAACCCCCUCAGCCGCUCCGGGGAGGGCUGCAGACUGCUACAUGCCUCCUCCGAUACAUGUGGAGUCGCCGGCCGCUUCUUUUCACCUGACGGUGAGGAGUGUCGCCAGGGGGACAUAGCGCGUGGAAGAAUCACGCCCAGUCCCCCCCCGACCAGGCGCCCCAACCGACCAGAGGAGGUGCUAGUGCAGUGACCAGGACACAUACCCACAUCCGGCUUCCCGCCCACAGACACGGCCAAUUGCGUCUGUAGGGACGCCCGCCCAAGCCGGAGGUAACACGGGGAUUCCAACCAGCGAUUCCCAUGUUGGUAGGCAACGGAAUAGACCGCCAUGCCACCCGGACGCCCCUAUUUCAACCCGCUUUAAGUUACUCAGAACGUGGCCUCAGUUUUCAGUGUCCCAACUGCGACUGGUUUGACUGAAUAACCAAUGGGACAUUACAGCAAUGAAGGAUUACCUUAAACCAAGGAAGGAAGUAGGUGUUUGAGUCCAAGUGAUUGACACUGAAAAAUACCAGGGAAAUCUGACAUAUUGGCAAAUAUUAGGUAUUGACUUUAGCUUGCCUAGCGAAAAUUAAGCCAGUGAAAACACUCAGAAAAAAAACGAUGGUCUUCUAAAAAGGGCAUGUGAGUUUAGCCCGGCUCAUACACGGCCUCAAAGUGGUUGGGAACAUUUAUAACAGGGCCUUAGGGGUCUUGUUGAGAGGAUGUGAGGCACUGGAAGUGCAGGAAGAAGGGGUGAAAGAGGACUAUAGAAAUGAUGGAGAGGUUUUGGAGAGCCGAAGGAGACCAAUUUUCUUGUUGCGUCUCAAAGGGGAAGUUAAGAGCCCAUUGUGAAACUAUCUGUGUUUGUGGGCUGUUUGAUAAAAGAUGACAUAAGGUCAGCCCUGGGCUUGGGGUGUUGUUGAGGUGGCCAUCAUGAGUUAUUUAUCUUGGACGGUUGUGAGCAGCAAAGUCAGGAACAGGCCACUUAGGAAUUUUUGCACUGCUUCAAUUUUGCUCUUUUAAAGGCGAACACUAUGCUUCAGUGCCAAUAGGGGAAACAUGUUCGGGGUUUGAGAUGAUUCUGUUUUUGUGUCACAGAGACUAGCAGAAAAAAAACAAACAAAGAAAUCAACAAACAAAUUCCAUAUAAUAUUAUCAUUAGCUGUCUGAAAAACAACACAUACUGUAUGAUAGAACCACCCCCAGGUAAUGAGUUGGAUUUAUUGUUGUGGUUGGCAUAUCAAUUAUGAAGAUGAAUCCCUGAAGCAUGUGAUGAUUUUAAACAGAUAACUGAGAUCACUUUGCAUUUCAGUCGUUAUCUCAGCUAUUGAAAGAUAUCAGAUUUAACUGUGAGAGCUGGCAAUUGUAUGUACCGUAGAAAUUGUUGAUUCAGCCUCUUAUAUAUAUAUUUUUUGUCAUAUUAAAAAGACUAUCGUUUUUA